AUGGCUGGGGUAGUGGUCCAUUUGAACCAGGGUGUUUGGCAUUCUAAACCAAGGUUAGCCAACCUGGUGUCUUGUAGAUGUAGCCAGUGUGGUGUAGUGGUUGAGAGUGGUGGACUCGUUUCUUUAUGUACGCAACAACAGCAGCAAGAAUACUCAUCGCAAAGUAUUGGAAGACACAAGAACUACCCACACUGGAGGAAUGGCAGAUGAAACUGAUGGACUACAGUGGUGCCUCGCAAGACGAAAUUAAUCCGUUCCGCGAGAGUCUUCGUCUAGCGGUUUUUUCGUCUUGCGAAGCAACCCUAUUAGCGGAUUAGCGGAUUAGCGCUAUUAGCGGUUUAGCGGCUAUUAAAGGCUUAAAGGCUUAGCGGAUUAGCUGCUAAAAGGCUAUUAAAGGCUAUUAAAGGCUUAGCGGAUUAGAUAAAGGGGGGGAAAAGCGAAAAAAAAAUCUCAAGACUCGCAAGACAUUUUCGUCUUGCGAAGCAAGCCCAUAGGGAAAUUCGUCCUGCGAAGCAACUCAAAAACAGAAAACCCUUUCAUCUAGCGGGUUUUCCGUCUUGCGAGGCAUUCGUCUUGCGGGGCACCACUGUAUAUGGAACUGGCGGAAAUGACUGGUAGAAUCCGUGACCAGGGAGAAGAGUUGGUGGAGGAAGAUUGGAAGAAAUUCAAAGACUAUUUGCAGAAACAUUGCAAAAUUAAAGAAUGUUAGAGUGAUGUUGGAUUGAAAAUAAGUGGCUUCUAGCUAUACAGGCUUUAAAGUUAUAUAUAGAUCAAGAUUAAGGAUUAGGAUUAAAAAGAUAAAGGAAAUGGAAAUUUGGCUUUUAAGAGGUAAAAAUUUAAUGUUAUAUUAUAUUAAGAUUAAAGAUUGGGAUUAAAAAAGAGGAAAAGAAAUUGCUGGACAAACAAAUUGAGCUGGAAUACAAAAGAGGGAGGUAUGAGGAGGUCCAGAAAAUAAGUAAAUUUAAAAAAUGGUGAUGAAAAUGUGGGAUUGUUUUUAAAUUUUUUCUUCUUUGCCCUUUGCUUAUUGUUUCUUUUUUUUUUUUGGAUUAUGUAUUGUGUAUUUUUGAACUGUGUAUUUUUCUUUUCUACUUUUAAUUUUUUUUAGUUUGGAAAUUCUAAUAAAUAUCAUUUAAAAAAAAAAGAAAAAAAGAGAGUGGUGGACUCGUAAUCUGGGGAACCGGUUCGCAUCUCCUCUCCUCCACAUGCAGCUGCUGGGUGACCUUGGGCCAGUCACACUUCUCUGAAGUCUCUCAGCCCCACUCACCUCACAGAGUGUUUGUUGUGGGGGAGGAAGGGAAAGGAGAAUGUUAGCCUCUUUGAGACUCCUUAAAGGGAGUGAAAGGCGGGAUAUCAAAUCCAAACUCUUCUUCUUCUUCUUCUUCUUCUUCUUCUUCUAUGGCCUCCAGUUCCCAUAAGCGCUGACCACUGUUCAUACUUGUUGCUCGGGGCUGGAGCCCAAAACUGCUGGAGGGCACAACCCUGGUUACCUCUCACCUCCCUGGCAAUGACUAUGUCUGGCACUGAGGUUGGUUUUUUUAUUUACAGUGGUACCUCUGACACUCCUAUGCAGAUCCUGUUGUUGCUUAUAAGAAGCUAACUCUUGCCCGGUGUACUGCUGGCUCGCUCCUGUCACCUGGUAAGGGCUGGGAGAGAAGCUUUCCUGAAACCCUGGAGAGCCAUCGCUGCCGAUCAAUGUUGUGGACAUUGUGUGGACAAUGUUCUUGAACUCUUCUUGUUGUUGUUUAGUCGUUUAGUCGUGUCCGACUCUUUGUGACCCCCUGGACCAGAGCACGCCAGGCAUUUCUGUCUUCCACUGCAUCCCGCAGUUUGGUCAAACUCAUGCUGGUAGCUUCGAGAACACUGUCUCACCAUCUCAUCCUCUGUUGUCCCCUUCUCCUUGUGCCCUCCAUCUUUCCCAACAUCAGGGUCCACGGGACUCUCAAGAGACUCCUCCAGCACAAUGCUAAACUAGAUGGACCAAAUGCACCCCAUCAUCUCUUGAGACAGACAGGUGCCAACGACAAGAGGAAGGCAGCUCUCUAGCUGAUCUGCUGGGACUGGGAAGGGGAAGCAGGUAUACUGGGCCAUGAAAACCCCUGUGACCGUCAGAGAGAUUUCACCAGCUGCAUUGCCCACGCGGCAAAGAUAUUUUCUUUAAACUGCUAGGGCAACGCAAAACUUCCCCCUUUCGUUUUUCUUAGAAACGAAAAUGUGCAAGCUGUAGAGUUUUAAGUUUGCUGAGCCCAGCGACCCAACCUUUCCGCUGGCGACUUUUCUUCUUGUGACAAAGUCUCGCCGUUUCAUCCCCGAGAUGUUGUGGUUUCUUUGGGGGGGUGGGAUGAGGACUCCAAUAGAUAUGUCAUUUGCAAGGACUUUAUAAAGCCUCUUUAUAAAAGGCGGCCCCUGCAUUUUCGUCUUCCUCUUUCAUGGAGAAGCACGAGGAGGUUCAAACAAGAAGCUUUCUUUAAAUCCUUCAGUGGAGAGAGAGGUAAGAUUUGUGUGAGGGGGACCAAAGUAAUUUUGGGGGAGGGUGGGGGUAGGAUCAGACUGCCAUGCAUACCUUUGGACUCUGUCCGAAGACUAACAUCUACUGUCUGCUUCGACCUUAACACAGCCAAUUAUCAUCUUUCCCUGCAAAACAGUGCUGUGAAGUUAGAGAGGAUGUUGUUGUUUAGUCGUGUCCGACUCUUCGUGACCCCCUGGACCAGAGCACGCCAGGCACUCCUGUCUUCCACUGCCUCCCACAGUUUGGUCAAACUCAUGCUGGUAGCUUCGAGAACACUGUCCAACCAUCUUGUCCUCUGCCAUCCCCUUCUCCUUGUGCCCUCCAUCUUUCCCAACAUCAGGGUCUUUUCCAGGGAGUCCUCUUCUCAUGAGGUGGUCAAAGUAUUGGCCUUCCAGUGAGCACUCAGGGCUGAUUUCCUUAAGAAUGGAUAGGUUUGUUCUUCUUGCAGUCCAUGGGACUCUCAAGAGUCUCCUCCAGCACCAUAAGUCAAAAGCAUCCAUUCUUCAGUGAUCAGCCUUCUUUAUGGUCCAGCUCUCACUUCCAUACAUCACUACUGGGAAAACCAUAGCUUUUACUAUAUGGACCUUUGUUGGCAAGGUGAUGUCUCUACUUUUUAAGAUGCUGUCUAGAGAGGAUAGAUUUGCAAUUAAUGCAGCCCUGAAUCUCCUGCUUUGAUUGUUGUUGCUUUUUUAAUAAAAAUUAUCAUCCACACAGUCACAAAAACAAAUUAACCGAAAAAGCCUUGAAAACAAAAACGCAAAAUAAACAGCAGAAACAAAAGCGCCAAACUUAAUCCGUUCCGGAAGUCCAUUUGACUUCUGAAAUGUUCAAAAACCAAGGCACAGCUUCUGAUUGGUGUAGGCGCCCCGGAAACAAUAGCCAACAGCCGCAUCGGACGUUCGGCUUCUGAAAAACGUCCAAAAAUUGGAACACUUAUUUCUGGGUUUUCGGCGUUUGGGAACCGAGGCAUUCGAGAACCCAAAAUACCACUGUACUGAACAUGGCAAGGAUGGUCCUAGAGAGGUUCUGCUACUGAGGUUGCCAGAAGUUUGCCUUUAUUUUACCGGAGCAGAUCCCUAGUCCAGUGGGAACCAGCACUGGGAAUUUGGGGAAAGCUGCCACAGAAGCACAAUAGCUAAAAGUUCACCAUGGGGAUACGGACAGGCCAUAGCUCAGCGACAGAGCAUCCGCUGGUUCAAUCCUCGCUGCCAUCUCCUGGAGAGGGGCUGCCUGCCAGUGCAGACAAGGCUGAGCUCAAUGGACCAAUGGCAGGGACAGACUCUGGUAAUAGGAUGCCCUGAAGGGAGUACAAAAUUUCCUCCAAAAAUAUUUCUUAUUUUCACAAUGAUUCAUUUCGGUACAUUUGCUUUUUAAAUGGAUCUUCUCAGUAGGUACCCGUAUAAAUAUAGUGGGUUUUUUUAAAAUUAAAAAAAAAGCAUUGUUAUUCCUAGACAAUGCACAAAAGGGACAUUUAAGCUUAAAAGCAAACAGCAAAGCAGUGCUGUUUCUGUGACUGAGAAAGUCUGGACUCGUGUACAUGGAAUCUUACAGAGGUGGAUUUAGGGGAGUAUGAUACAUACAUAUACAUAUACAAUAUAAUAUAUAUAUAUAUAUAUAUAUAUAUAUUAAAUUUUCUGUUCUGCAAUUUGAAGUACUCAUUUUUACAUCCUUAAGUUUUCCAUGACUUCCCUUCCUCUCUUUCCAUGGUUCAUUUUGCACAACAUAAACCCCUGCGUAUUUUACAUAAACGAAACCAUUCAGUAUUCCAUUAUUACAUCCAUCCAAACUUAUUUACACUGUUGAAUUUAUCUUAAUGAUGCCCACGUUUUCAAAUAAACACAGUCCCCCCCCCAAUAUAUUUAAUAAACGUUUUCCAAUUUUCUCUAAAUGUAUGUUUUUCUUGUUCUCUUAUUCUAUAUAUGUUAGGUCCGCAAGCUGCGCAUAUUCCAUCAGUUUCAGUUGCCAUUCUUCUUUAGUUGGGACCUCGCUCAUUUUCCAUUUUUGGGCUAACAAAACAUGGGCCGCAGUAGUGGCAUACGUAAAUAACCUUUUUUGACAUCUGGGAAUUUCCGUCUGAGUUAUUUCCCCCAAAAAAGAACUCUGCUUUUUGGGGGGGAAGUACAUUUUAACAUUUUUUUUCAGUUCAUUAUGAAUUGUUUCCCAAUAUUCUUUUACCCUUUCACAGGUCCACCACAUAUGGCUAUAUUAUUAUUCCUAUUUUGCACCCCCUUGGCUCAGUGACCAGUGUAGGAGAACGGCCCGCACUGCCCUAAAUCUGGCACUGCCAAUCUUCUAACUUGGCACAAGGCAACUGCUUAUGACUCUGGGCAUUGCUUUCCUAGGUAAAAAACAUGCUUCCGAUCUCGGCGAUGGCACUGACCGGACUGGUCCUGCUGAGGACUGUCAGUGCAGUGCAGGAUCCGACCCUGGACAAAGCCUGGGGAGACUGGAAGAGAGCCCAUUCUAAAGAAUACAGCGAGGUGAGUUUUCUCUGGCAUGGCUAAGACUGGCAGUGUCUUCGCGCCUCUGAAAUUCUGGCACCUUGAAAAUUCAUGUGCCCCCAAGCAUGUGCAGAGUGCCAUUCCAGAGAAGAAGAAGAAGAAAAAGAAAAAGAAGAAGAAGGGGAAGGGGAAGAGAAAGAAUUUGUUAUUUAUACCCUGCCCAUCUGGCUGGGUUUCCCCAGCCACUCUGGGCGGCUUCAAGCAGAAUAUUAAAAUACAGUGAUUCAACAAAUAUUUAAAGCUUCCCUAAAUAGGGCUGCCUUCAGAUGCCUUCUAAAUGUCAAAUAGUUGUUUGUUUCCUUGACAUCUGGUGUUCCACAGGGCGGGUGCCACCACCGAGAAGGCCGUCUGCCUGGUUCCCUGUAACUUCACUUCUCGCAGGGAGGGAACCGCCAGAAGGCCGUCGGAGCUGGACCUCAUUGUUGGGGUGGAUGGGGGUGGAGACACUCCUUCAGAUAUACUGGGCUGAGGCCAAUUUAAAGGUCAGCACCAACACUUUGAAUUGUGCCCGGAAACGUACUGGGAGCCAAUGUAGGUCUUUCAGGACCGGUGUUAUAUGGUCUCGGCGGCUGCUCCCCGUCACCAGUCUAGCUGCCGCAUUCUGGAUUAGUUGCAGUUUCCAGGUCACCUUCAAAGGUAGCCCCACGUAGAGCGCAUUGCAGUAGUCCAAGAGGGAGAUAACCAGAGUAUGCACCACUCUGACAAGACAGUCUGCGGGCAGGGAGGGUCUCAUCCUGCAUACCAGAUGGAGCUGGCAGACAGCUGCCCUGGACACAGAAUUGACCUGCGCCUCCAUGGACAGCUGUGAGUCCAAAAUGACUCCCAGGAUGUGUACCUGGUCCUUCAGGGGCACAGUGACCCCAUUCAAGACCAGGGAGUCCCCCACCCCCGCCCACCCCCUGUCCCCCAAAAACAGUACUCCUUUCUUGACAGGAUUCAACCUCAAUCUGUUAGCCGCCAUACAUCCUCCAACCGCCUCCAGACACUCACACAGUACCUUCACCGCCUUCACUGGUUCCGAUUUAAAAAAGAGGUAGAACAAGACACAAGGGGAAACCAGCUCUCUGUAUCGGCAUAGGAAAUGCCUUUCCGGUUCUGUGGAAGUCACAGUCCGAUACAGGUCUACUCAAAAGUAACUCGGUAAUCCCAGGGAAGAUAGUAUUUCUUCAGACUGCACAUAUCAGGAAGUAGAGCCAGCCACCAACUUGCAUACAUUCCAACAUUUAUCCAAUGAAUUUAGGGAUGAUAAUAAUAAUAAUAAUAAUAAUACAGUGGUACCUCGGGUUAAGUACUUCAUUUGUCCCGGAGGUCUGUACUUAACCUGAAACUGUUCUUAACCUGAAGCACCACUUUAGCUAACGGGGCCUCCUGCUGCUGCUGCGCCGCCGGAGCACGAUUUCUGUUCCCAUCCUGAAGCAAAGUUCUUAACCUGAAGCACUAUUUCUGGGUUAGCGGAGUGUGUAACCUGAAGCGUAUGUAACCCGAAGUGUAUCAAAAAUCAAAUAUCUUUAAUACGGUCAAUGACCAGCAAGCAAUUUAUAAAAUAAAAUAUGGCAAUAUAAGUACUAUUGUACUACAGAUAACAGUGGAGAUAUGGCCAAAUCACAAAAUUGGUACUUAUGUUUAUGACCAAGCUUCGACUUUUAAGGUUUUAAGGAUUCAAUUCAAAUGUCACUACUGUUUAUUAUCGUUCCUUCGAUGUUUGCAAUUUGAACUCCAUUGCUGUCAUCAUUGCUCGUCUUAUUCUUGUUGCAAUGUAACAGUACUUCGCCACAGGCCUGUUGAUUUCGGGGUCUUUGUCAGCUAAGAGGUGUCUGAUAUAGGUGUCGUCUGUACUACGAUUCCUCAGAAUCGGCUCGAUCAGCUCUUUUCUUGAGUCUCGAUAUAAUGGGCAAUAUAAGAUGACAUGCCCGAUGGUUUCAGUUUCGUUGCUGUUACAGGGACAUAAUCUUUGUUCGAUCGGUAUUUUGUUGUAUCUUCCCUCUAGAAGAGCUGAAGUGAGAGUGUUAAAGCGGGCCCUGGUAAAUGCCCAUCGGUGUUUAGCAUUAUGUAGAACUUUGAGAUAGUUUGCUAAAUGGGGGCUUUGGGAAUCGAAUAGGAGUUUAUGAGCUAUCGGAAGUUGACUAAAGUGUAUGUAACCCGAGGUACCACUGUAACAACAACAACAACAACAACAGUUAUUUUAUUUAUACUCUGCCCAUCUGACUGGGUUGCUCCAGCCACUCUGGGUGGCUUCCAACAUAUAUUAAAACAUUAAACGUUAAAAAACCUGUCCCUAUCCAGAGCUGCCUUCAGAUGUCUUCCAAAGGUUGUAUCGUGCCCGUUUACGCCCGCUUUCCUCGAAUGAGUCCAUUUCUGUACACGCCGGUUGUUUGCAGAGCUGCAUUGCCGAAAUUCAGGGAAGUGGAAAUUUUGCAGGACAGCAUAGUUUCGGUUCACAUCUCAAUUCGAGAAGUGCAAAUGAGCCAGUUUCCUCAUUAAAGUGCAUCAAAUUCCCCCUCCAUAUCUGCUACUAACACUACUUCUUGAGAGGAGGGGAGAAUUCAAGGGCCAUAUCAAUUCCAAACUCUUUCUUGUUUGGCGAUCCCUCGUAGCUGAGUAAGAUUGUCUUCCAUGAACACGGUCUUAACAGUGAGCCCGUAAUUUUGGGUCCACACGUCCCUCCACAGUGGGGAUGUAGGUUUCUGGGCGGGAGUUAACCACAGGGAGGGUUUGCCAAGUGUGCCUUCCUCUUAGCACGUUUCUCCCUUGCGUCCUGAGUUCGAGUGUCUUCAAAGCCCACGACACCUUUGGUAAAGGCUGUUCUCCAACUGGAGCGAUUGCAGGCCAGUGUUUCCCAGUUGUUACUGUUUAUGCUACAUUUUUUAGAUUUGCCUUGAGACAGACUUUAAACCUCUUUUGUUGACCACCAGCAUUACACUUUCCAUUUUUAAGUUCGGAAUAGAGUACAGUGGUACCUCAGGUUACAUACGCUUCAGGUUACACAUGCUUCAGGUUACAGACUCCGCUAACCCAGAAAUAGUGCUUCAGGUUAAAAACUUUGCUUCAGGAUGAGAACAGAAAUCGUGCUCCAGCAGCGUGGUGGCAGCGGGAGGCCCCAUUAGCUAAAGUGGUGCUUCAGGUUAAGAACAGUUUCAGGUUAAGUACGGACCUCCGGAACAAAUUAAGUACUUAACCUAACUGUAGUUGCUUUGGAAGACGAUCAUCAGGCAUCCGCACAACAUGACCAGUCCAACGAAGUUGAUGUUGAAGAAUCAUUGCUUCAACACGGGUGAUCUUUGCUUCUUCCAGUACACUGACAUUUGUUCGCCUGUCUUCCCAAGUGACGUGUAAAAAUUUUCAGAGACACCGUUGAUGGAACUUUUCGAGGAGUUGGAGAUGGCGUUUGUAAGUGGCCCAUGUUUCACAAGCAUACAGUAAGGUUGGUAGUGCAACAGCUUUGCAAAGAAGCGUUUUGGUUUCCCUGCAAAUGUCCUGGGUCCUCAAACACUCUGCACUUCAAUCGGGAGAAAGCUGCACUCGCAGAGCUCAGGCAAUGCUGGAUUUUGGCAAGCCCACUCGCCACGACGAGGUGAUGAUCCAGCGAGUGAGUCCAAACUCUUUAUCGGGUUCCUUGCAGGAGGAAGAACUUUUCCGGAGGGCUGUGUGGGAGAAGAAUCUACAGAUGAUUGUAGAGCACAACUUAGAGGCUUCCCGGGGGAUGCACACCUAUGAGCUGGGCAUGAAUCACCUUGGUGACUUGGUAAGUGGUCCAUCGUGGGGGUCAGGUGGGAUUACUAUGAGGAAUUAUGAAAAUAUGGAGCAAGCCAUUGUGUCUACAAUGAAAGCAUUGCGUUGACUGGGCUUGAGUCAUUUGACAUGAUUUCUAAUCGAAUCGCACAAACCUCUGCCAUGCAAUUCUGGGCUGCAUCAAUAGGAGUAUAGCAUCUAGAUCAAGGGAAGUAAUAGUGCCACUGUAUUCUGCUCUGGUCAGACCUCACCUGGAGUACUGUGUCCAGUUCUGGGCACCACAGUUCAAGAAGGACACUGACAAACUGGAACGUGUCCAGAGGAGGGCAACCAAAAUGGUCAAAGGCCUGGAAACGAUGCCUUAUGAGGAACGGCUAAGGGAGCUGGGCAUGUUUAGCCUGGAGAAGAGGAGGUUAAGGGGUGAUAUGAUAGCCAUGUUCAAAUAUAUAAAAGGAUGUCACAUAGAGGAGGGAGAAAGGUUGUUUUCUGCUGCUCCAGAGAAGCGGACACGGAGCAAUGGAUCCAAACUACAAGAAAGAAGAUUCCACCUAAACAUUAGGAAGAACUUCCUGACAGUAAGAGCUGUUCGACAGUGGAAUUUGCUGCCAAGGAGUGUGGUGGAGUCUCCUUCUUUGGAGGUCUUUAAGCAGAGGCUUGACAACCAUAUGUCAGUGUCAGGGAACUGACAUCGAAGCCAGAGGCGGAGGCUAGGCUCUCAAGCGAUGCUGGAGAAGGGCCCAGCAGGGGGAGAGGCGGCUCACCAGCUGGGGAAGGAAAUCAGCGUAACACCAGGGAUAAAGGGGGGCAGAUGGGGGAAUCGGCGAGGGGGCUCCAGGACUCCUCGCCGGAGAUCAGCGAGGAGAGCACGGGUCCUCCGCUACCCACACCCUCCCUGCGCAGAAGACUUCCGCGCAGGGAGAGUAGGUGGAGACUUGGAGUCAAACAACUUUUAUGCUGGAAAAGGUUUAAGAAACGCCCACUGACGGAUUCUGCUAGCGACUGAACAGCCACGAAGUGCAGGGCUGUCCAGACAGAAAAGGUUUAACAAGGCAACCUAGCCAGGAGUGGCACCAACUUGCGCACGAGCAACCCCUACACUUAUUACAGUCAGGAGUGCUCUGAUGGUGUUUCCUGCUUGGCAGGGGGUUGGACUCGAUGGCCCUUGUGGUCUCUUCCAACUCUAUGAUUCUAUGAUUCUUUCUCUGCCUGACAGGCACAUAUAAGCAUUCUAAAACACAGACAGGUUGCUUCAUCAGGCAUCCUGAGCCAUAAAGAUAGUAGGUAAGUUUGAUGCAGAUUUUGUUAAUCUUUAGGUAGAUCUUAAGGGCCAGGAAGAGAGUUCACAAGGAGAUGGUAAAUACUAUCUUUCAUUGCCAUCCUUCCUUUCCUGUUUAUGACCUCCGGGAUUUGCUAAAUGCAUUCCGCAUUCCUCCUUGAUUCCUGUUUUAUUUACCUGGACAUGUAAAGUAAAGGUAAAGGGACCCCUGACCAUUAGGUCCAGUCAUGGCCAACUCUGGGGUUGCGGCGCUCAUCUCGCUUUAUUGGCUGAGGGAGCAGGCGUGCAGCUUCCGGGUCAUGUGGCCAGCAUGACUAAGCCGCUUCUGGCGAACCAGAGCAGCGCAUGGAAACGCCGUUUACCUUCCCGCCAGAGCGGUACCUAUUUAUCUCCUUGCACUUUUGACGUGCUUUUGAACUGCUAGCUUGGCAGGAGCAGGGACCGAGCAACAGGAGCUCACCCCGUCAUUGCGGGGAUUCGAACCGCCGACCUUCUGAUCGGCAAGUCCUAGGCUCUGUGGUUUAACCCACAGUGCCACCCGCACCUGGACAUGUUUGCAUGCUCAAAGUAGUCUUUGUAGUUAAAGGGAUUUCAAAACGAUUUCUCUGAUCUAACUUUGUACCCACGUGGUAGGUUUUUUUUUAAAUGCUCAGAGGAAAUCUGAUUGGUUCCUACAAGCGCUGUGCUAUAAGUUCUUUUGUUAAUAAAAGGGACCUGGGUCAGGGUGUGACAGAUUAUUAUUGGCACUCCUCCCAGAGUCUUGCUGGUCAAGCUUCAUGUAUAUUUUAUUAAUCAGGGUCCAAAUCCUUCCUUCGCCUUCGGAACACAACAGUCCAUACAUUGGGCAGACUUUUCUGCAUUCAUUCCAGACGGGUUGUUUAUUGCUGUGGUCAAGCUCCUCCUUGGGGAAGGAUGAUAGCAUCCGCCUUCCAUGCAUAGAAUCAUAGAGUUGUAGAGGUGCAAGGGACCCCCUGGGUCAUCCAUUCCAACCUCCAGCAAUGCGGGAAUCUCAACCAAUGCAUCCAUGGCAGAUGGCCACCCAACCUCUGCUUAAAAUCCUCCAAGGAAGGACAGUCCACCACCUUCCAAGGGAGACCGUUCCACUGUCAAAAAGCUCUUCCUAUCUUCUUGACGUUCUUCCUGAUGCUUAGCCAGAAUCUCGUAAUUUGAAGCCGUUGCCUCGAUUUCUACCCUCCGGAGCAGGAGAAAACAAGCUUGCUCCAUCUUCCAUGUGACAGCCCUUAAGAUAUUGGAAGUUGGCACUCAUAUCUCCUCUCAGUCUCCUCUUUUCCAGGCUAAACAUACCCAACUCCUUCGACCGUUCCUCAUAAGGCUUGGUUUCCAUACCCUGGAUCAUCUUGAUCACCCUUCGCUGUACACCUUCCAGCUUAUCAACAUCCUUCUUUAAUUGUGGCACUCAGAACUGGAUGCAGUUUUCCAGGUGUGGUCUGACCAAGGCAGAACAGAGUGGGACUGUUACUUCCCUUGAUCUGGACACUAGACUUCUGCUGAUGCAGCCUAGAAUAGCAUUACGUAUUUACAGGACCGCCUCUCCUGGUCUGCCCCGCAGAGGACCUUAAGGUCCAUGAAUAAUCAUAGUUUAGAGGUCCCGGGCCCUAAGGAAGUUAGAUUAUCCUCCACCAGGGCCAGGGCCUUCUCAGUGAUGGCUCCGACCUGGUGGAAUGCUCUGUUCCAUGAGACCAGGGCCCUGCAGGAUUUAACUUCCUUCCGCAGGGCAUGUAAAACAGAGCUAUUCCGACUGGCUUUCAAUUUGAACUUAGCUGGAUCUUUUAUUUCCCUUCCUUCCCUCCUCCUCCCCUUUUUAUGAAGAUUACUCACUCUGGGAUCCCACAGCUAAUUUUCCCCUGGUCUCUUCGCUGGCCCAAAUAGGACUACAGUGGUACCUCGGGUUACAUACGCUUCAGGUUACAUACACUUCAAGUUAUAGGUUCCACUAACCCAGAAAUAUUACCUCGGGUUAAGAACUUUGCUUCAGGAUGAGAUCAGAAAUCAUGCUCCAGUGGCGCAGCAGCAGCAGGAGGCCCCAUUAGCUAAAGUGGUGCCUCAGGUUAAGAACAGUUUCAGGUUAAGUACGGACCUCCAGAACGAAUAAGUACUUAACCUGAGGUACCACUGUAAUUCAGCCAGCUAGCCCUGGUGAUCAUCUAAUGUUUAUUGGAUGGAUUUUCUCCCUAAAUUGAUUUUUGAAUUCUGAAUUUAUUGUUAUUCACAUUUUAUACUGUAUAUACUGUAUAUACUGUAUAAGUGUUUUAAAUUUGUUGUUAGCCGCCCUGAGCCCGGUUUUCUGAACUGGGAAGGGCGGGGUAUAAAUAAAAAUUUAUUAUUAUUUAUUAUUAUUAGCUUUUUUUUGCUGCUGCAUCACACUGUGGGCUCAUGUUAAGCUUUUGGUCCAGUAAGACGCUCAUAUCCUUUUCUUAGGGAGAAAGAAAGCGACUCCUGGCCACCCACCGCUCAGGCCACAAGCCAAGAGCAUCUCUAAGGAGAGGAAAUAAGCUUUGAUGUGGACUCUGCUUUUCUUCCCCAGACGCGAGAAGAGUUUAACCAAAAGCUGAAUGGCUUCCGUUCAGACAUAGCUGAAGAAGAUGCUGACGACGAGGCCCUUUUCAAAGAUACUGACACCCACGAGACACCCAAGCAUGUAGACUGGCGCACCAAAGGUUAUGUCACCCCCAUAAAAGACCAGGUGAGUUGGCAGCAAAUUGGGAGUGUUCAACUUGGACCUGGGACCCUGGGGUUCAAAUGCUCUUACCACGUGUCGGUCACUUGUUACCUCCCAGCUUGCCUUACCCUCACAGGGCUUUUGUGCGGAGAGAGAGGAGGCCGGGCCUCAUCCUGCAAUGGUGGUGGUGCCUGCCCCCCAACACUGUUGUUGUUGUUUAGUCGUUUAGUCGUGUCCGCCUCUUCGUGACACCCUGGACCAGAGCACGCCAGGCACUCCUGUCUUCCACUGCCUCCCGCAGUUUGGUCAAACUCAUGCUGGUAGCUUCGAGAACACUGUCCAACCAUCUCGUCGUCUGUCGUCCCCUUCUCUUUGCACCCUCCAUCUUUCCCAACAUCGGGGUCUUUUCCAGGGAGUCUUCUCUUCUCAUGAGGUGGCCAAAGCAUUGGAGCCUCAGCUUCAGGAUCUGUCCUUCCAGUGAGCACUCAGGGCUGAUUUCCUUCAGAAUGGAGAGGUUUGAUCUUCUUGCAGUCCAUGGGACUCUCAAGAGUCUCCUCCAGCACCAGAAUUCAAAAGCAUCCAUUCUUUGGCGAUCAGCCUUCUUUGUGGUCCAGCUCUCACUUCCGUACAUCACUACUGGGAAAACCAUGGCUUUAACUAUACGGACCUUUGUCGGCAAUACAAAGGUCCGUAUAGUUAUACAAAGGUCCGUAUAGUCCCCAAUACUAGAUCUUCCUAAUUCUCAGCUGGCCUUCCCAGCUGGUGGUCUCAGUCUUGCAAGGGCUUCAUUUGUGCCCAGCAUUGAGUGUCCACAAAUGUUUAGUUUCCACUGUUUAGAACAAGCACUUUAAAUGGAUUUAUAACUUCCAAGGUGAUUGUGUUUUCUGCUGAACAGACUGCUGUUGGAGAGAGUGCGAGCACAAAAAGGUUAAUACACAAAAAAUAAUGAUAGUGUGCUCUUGGGAAUCAAAGCACCUUCUAUAAUUCUAUCGACCAAAACUUUUAAUAUACCAAUUCUCGUAUACUGUUAUUUUCCUACAAAAGACUUGUAGUAUGUUCCCUAUAAGCUCAUUUGAAUGUUUAACUAACUUCACCUAAAACCUGCGUGGCGCACUGAGAGGAUGCACUGACGCCGUAUAUUUAAAGUCUGAAUUGAGAUCGAUCUUAACCUGUCAUGGCCACCUGAUUAGUGAAAAAAAAUGUUAUUCCUCCAUCCAUCAGGAGUUGUGAACAGUUCUGCAAAGCCAAUAUCAACAGGGACAGCUAAUUGUGGAUCUGGGAAAUUCACAAAUGUCCUUUAGUAAUCUGAAAUAGUAAUUUGCGGUAUAAUUGAGCCGCCCUGGGAGACCAGAAAAUUACAGCUGUUAUGUAUUCAGUGGUCUGUGUUUGCCUGAGACUGAGUCUGGACUAAGGAUUCUGAGCUCCUGUGUUCUGAUUCGAUACCUGAUGUCCAAUCACAAAAAAAUUCAGGAUUUGGGCCUCUGCCAUUGGCCCUUUAACUCUGCGUCGUGAUUCGCAGCUUGGAAGUUUAGACAGCCAAUCACGUUGGGAGUGGCCCAGGAAUGUAUAUAAGUGGUUGCUUUGCCCCUGUUUCCCAGUUAUGUAGUUCAAUAAAGGUUCUUGCUGUUAUCGCUGUGUCUUGCCUUGUGGGAACCCACCUAUAAUAAUAAUAAUUUAUUAUUUAUACCGCGCCCAUCUGGCUGUGUUUCCCCAGCCACUCUGGGUAGCUCCCAAUCACGUUAAAAACAAUACAGCAUUAAAUAUUAAAAACUUCCCUAAACAGGGCUGCCUUCAGAUGUCUUUUAAAGAUAGGAUAACUGCUUAUUUCCUUGACAUCUGAAGGGAGGGUGUUUCACAGGGCGGGCACCACUACCGAGAAGGCCCUCUGGUUCCCUGUAACCUCACUUCUCGCAAUGAGGGAACUACCAGAAGGCCCUCGGCGCUGGAUCCGGGCUGAACGAUGGGGGUGGAGACACUCCUUCAAGUAUAUAGUACCAAAGCCGUUUAGGGCUUUCAAGGUCAGCACCAACACUUUGAAUUGUGCUCAGAAACGUACUGGGAGCCAAUGCAGAUCUUUUAGGACUGGUGUUAUGCGGUCUCGGCGGCCACUCCCAGUCCCCAGUCUAGCUGCCACAUCCCGGAUUAGUUGUAGUUUCUGGGUCACCUUCAAAGGUAGCCCCACAUAGAGCGCAUUGCAGUAGUCCAAGCAAGAGAUAUCCAGAGCAUGCACCACUCUGGAGAGACAGUCUGUGAGCAGGGAGGGUCUCAGCCUGCGUACCAGGUGGAGCUGGUAGACAGCCGCCCUAGACACAGAAUUGACCUGUGCCUCCAUGGACAGCUGUGAGUCCAGAAUGACUCCCAGGCUGUGCACCUGGUCAGGACCUACACUUCAACAAUACCCCUAGGAGGGAUGGCGCCAAACCAGAUCCCGACUGCUGGAUCAAGGAGCUUCCCAUUCCCCCUGCAGGGCGAUUGUGGGUCUUGCUGGGCGUUCAGCGCCACCGGUGCCCUGGAAGGCUUGCAUUAUAAGAAGACCCGCAAGCUGGUCUCGCUGAGUGAACAGAACCUCGUCGACUGCUCCUGGAAGCAGGGAAACCAAGGGUGCAACGGAGGGUACAUGAACUGGGCCUUCAAGUACGUCUGGCUUAACAAGGGGAUCAACUCUGAGAGGACCUAUCCCUACGAGGCUGAGGUAAUGUGGGAGAAGGGACCUGCCGUUCUGCGACCGCGGGGCGCGGGCCGACACUCAGCCAAAGCUCACGUCCCCAAUGGCUCUGUCUUGGCAGGAUGGGCCCUGUCGGUUCAACGCCUCCGACCGAGCGGCAACGUGCACUUCUAGGGUCAAGAUCCCGAAGAGGAACGAGACAGCCCUGGCGCGAGCUGUGGCGAAGGUGGGCCCCGUUUCCGUCGCGGUGGACGCAAGUACCUUUAUGUUCUACAAGUCGGGUAAGUUAACAUUUUUUGAUAGGAAGACAGGCUGUGCUCCCAUCCUUAUGUUGUAGCCUGUCAGACCUUUCCCAUUGAUUGGGUCUGCGUUGCUCCCGGGAAGGAGGAAGGGAGUCAAGAGACACCAAGGAUGAUUCAGAGAAAGAGUUUAUUUCUGCUUUCCAAAGCAGCAGAAAGGCACUGUGUGAUUGGUUCAGAGCAAGCACACUUAAAGAACAGUUACAUACAGCCUAUAUUCUCUUUAGGUCCCCUUUCCCCCUCCCCAGGAAUCCAGCCUCAUGAGUCUGUACACGUAAGUUUGCAUCCUUGAGCAUGAAUAGAAAUUGUUCCUGUACUCUUAUCUGGCACUCCUGGCGCCAUUCCCGGGGUCUGUGCGUCUGCGUGGUCAGGAUAGUUACAACCGGUAAGAUAAGUUGGAUGCGCCAUCCCAUCUCUACUUGGGACUGACAAGGCCAUCUAUUACGCCUUCAUGGACUGAUAAAGGAGAAGGCUUUGUUUAUUCAGCUGGUUUGUGUUAUACAGCUCAAGCUAAUGCAUUUUAGCUAAUUAAUCCUCAAAGAAAGAAUUUGGGAAGUUUUGGGGCCUAAUUGGGGUGACUACACAGUCAGGUUUGGGUAACCUGUCCCUUCAAUGUCCUGGUGGAUCAGAUCAGCAAUAACUCACAAGGUGCCAGUGAAGUUGACUCUUUAUUCAAAAAAACAAAACAGUUCAGGACUACUGAGCACAACAACUCUUCCCAGCAGAUGAGGAACUUGCGAGGACUUAAGGCACCCUAAGUCUCCUCCCCAAGUAAUCUGAGAUUUCUUUGCGGUCUCUCUUCGCUCCUCUCUCUUCAUACCUCUUCUGGUCCUGUGAGACCAGCGUGGAGGGGAGCUGGUUGCAGCAGCUUGACUCAAUGAGGGAGAGAGGGGCUUUUUCCAGGGACUUGAGCAUGAGCCAGGGAGGGGACUUGCGUCAUUCUCUGUUUAGCACCCCUGUCCCCCCACCAUGACCGGCAACUCUUCCACCAUCAGGAAUCUUUCACCACAAGGACUGUGAACAGAUGUUGAAUCACGGCAUGUUGGCAGUUGGCUAUGGCACCGUCAAAGGAGAUAAGAAGAUUAAGGAUUAUUGGAUCCUGAAGAACAGGUGAGAAAGGGUGGCUAAGAGGAUAGAGGAGGGAAAACCACAUAGGUCACACUUAGGUCUUUGGGGCAAAGAGGCAAGAUGGAAACGAGGGACAUAGAAAGAUUCCCGAAACCGAGCCAGACCAUUGGUUCAUCUAGCAUACUCAGUACUGCGUACACUGACCGGCAGCAUCUCUGCAGGGCUAACAACAACAGCAACAACAAUUUAUUGUUUAUACCCCGCCCAUCUGUCUGGGUUUCCCCAGUCACUCUGGGCAGCUUCCAACAGAAUAUUAAAAUACAAUAAUCUAUUAAACACCAAAAGCUUCCCUAAACAGGGCUGCCUUCAGAUGUCUUCUAAAAGUCUGGUAGUUAUUUUUCUCUUUGACAUCUGGUGGGAGGGCGUUCCACAGGGCGGGUGCCACCACCGAGAAGACCCUCUGCCUGGUUCCCUGGAACUUGGCUUCUCGCAGGGAGGGAACCGCCAGAAGGCCCUCAGAGCUGGACCUCAGCAUCCGGGCUGGAUGAUGGGGGUGGAGAUGCUCCUUCAGGUAUAGUGGACCGAGGCCAUUUAGGGCUUUAAAGGUCAGCACCAACACUUUGAAUGGUGCUCAGAAACGUACUGGGAGCCAGUGUAGGUCUUUGAGGACCGAUGUUAUGUGGUCCUGGGGGCUGCUCCCAGUCAUGAGUCUAGCUGCCGCAUUCUGGAUUAGUUGUAGUUUCUGGGUCACCUUCAAAGGUAGCCUCACGUAGAGCGCAUUGCAGUAGUCCAGGCGAGAGAUAACCAGAGCAUGCACCACUCUGGCCAGACAGUCUGCAGGCAGCCGGGCUUCAGGCAGGGGACAUUCCCAGUCCUAGUUUGGAGAUGCCAGCACACUUCGAAUCUGGGGUUUUCUGCAUGCAAAUCAGGUGAUAAUGAUAAUAAUACUAAAUUUUAUUUAUACCCCACCCUCCCCAGCCAAGACCGGGCACAGGGCGGCUAACACCCGAUAAAAAAACAAGUUGAUUGACAUACAACUUAAAAACAAGAUUAAAAUACAACAUUAAAAUAAUAAUAAUAAUAAUAAUAAUAAUAAUAAUAAUUUAUUAUUUAUACCCCGCCCAUCUGGCUUUCCCCAGCCACUCUGGGCGGCUCCCAAUCAAGUGUUAAAACCAAUACAGUGUUAAAUAUUAAAAACUUCCCUAAACAGGGCUGCCUUCAGAUGUCUUUUAAAGAUAAGAUAGCUGCUUAUCGGUGCCACCACCGAGAAGGCCCUCUGCCUGGUUCCCUGUAGCUUUGCUUCUCGCAAUGAGGGAACCGCCAGAAGGCCCUCGGUGCUGGACCUCAGCGUCCGGGCUGAACGAUGGGGGUGGAGACGCUCCUUCAGGUAUACAGGACCGAGGCCGUUUAGGGCUUUAAAGGUCAACACCAACACUUUGAAUUGUGCUCGGAAAUGUACUGGGAACCAAUGCAGAUCUCUCAGAACCGGUGUAAUGUGGUCCCGGUGGCCACUCCCGGUCACCAGUCUAGCUGCCGCAUUCUGGAUUAAUUGCAGUUUCCGGGUCACCUUCAAAGGUAGCCCCAAGUAGAGCGUGCUGCAGUAGUCCAAGUGGGAGAUAACUAGAGCACAGCCUCAUUUCAAUGGAAACUCAAAUCAAAAACUUUUUUGAAAACGUCAAGUCUUCACCAAGAAAAUGUCAAGUCUUCACCUAGGCUAACUUUCCAGACUGGUCCUACAUGGGCCAGAAAAAAGCCAGGGAAGUCCCCAGAUCGGAGUUCCAUCACAGGAGGAUCAUCUGCCCCUUCAUCUCUGGGCAAGCGAGUUCUUGCGUCUCUGAACGCAGGCUGCAUAUAGCUGCCUCAUGACGCCGCCGGGGUUCCCCUCUGUGUGCAACCCGGCCGUUGUGACAGCUGGCAUUUUCGCAGUUCAACCCCCUGCAAUUCAGGAAAGCACAACUAAGUAAUCUCAGGCUGAUGGCCCACCACCAAACCUGUUUGGAAAUCUGCAGCGAAGGAGAGUCCCCGGCUCACAAACACUGUGAGAGACAGAAUCUCUGACUUUUGUCUUCUGCGUUCCCGGCGGUUUUCCUGUUGUCAUUCUGUCUCUCACAGCUACAAUAAACCUACCAUUAAAAUUAUGGACUGGCCAUUUCUUCGUCAAGAGGGCAAACGGGCAAAUUUAGCAGGGGAUCGAAUACUCCCCCCCCCCUCACUGUACGUGGUUUUUGUUCCUAUCUGCCGGUUUCAAAUAAAAAUCCGAAAGACCGCCCUGUAUUUUAAAAAGGCGGGAUGAAUGGAAACUGCAUAUAUACAGUGAGGAAAGAUAGUAUUUGAUCCCCUGCUAAAUUUUGCCCCUUUGCCCUCUGACGAAGAAAUGACCAGUCGAUAAUUUUAAUGUGUGCAAACCUGGUGGGAACAUCUACAGGGAACAUCUGACCUCUGUAAUUGCCAACAAGGGUUUUGCCACCAAGUACUAAGUCAUCUUUUGCAAAGGGAUCAAAUACCGUAUUUUUCACUCUAUAAGACGCACCAGACCACAAGACGCACCUACUUUUUGGAGGAGGAAAACAAGAAAAAAAAUAUUCUGAAUCUCAGAAGCCAGAACAGCAAGAGGGAUAGCUGCGCAGUGAAAGCAGCAAUCCCUCUUGCUGUUCUGGCUUCUGGGAUAGCUGCGCAGCUUGCAUUCGCUCCAUAAGACACACACACAUUUCCCCUUUUUAGGAGGGGAAAAGUGAGUCUUACAGAGCAAAAAAUACGGUAUUUCGCUCAUUAUAAUGCACAUCGCACAUCAAUCUCUUGACUUUUGUCUUCUGGGUUUCUGGGGGGGAGGUUCCUGUUGUCUCUCACAGCUACAAUAAACCUACCAUUAAAAUUAUGGACUGGCCAUUUCUUUGUCAGAGGGCAAACGGGAAAUUUAGCAGGGGAUCAAAUACUUCCCCGCCCCCUCGCUGUAGCUAAGAGCCCGAAGGCCUAACGAACAAGAAAUGCUUUGGCCUGGUACCAAAGGUUAUGCAAUGAUGGUGGAGAGAAUUCUGGGAACUGCAGUUUUUUCAAAGGGUGCCAGGAACCGUCACUCUGCGAGGGGUCUCCUUAACAACUCUUCAGCACCCUUAAAAAAAUCACAGCUCCCAUAAUUCUUUGGGGGAAGCCUUGAUGGCCUGAAGUGGUGCUUUAAAUGUGUGGUGAACUUCUUGGGAGUUGCAGCGCCACUUGUUUGCGUAGCCCUGCCCCCUUCAUUUGCAUACCCCUGCCCCUUCAUUUGCAUAGCAGCACCCAGACUCCCGUUAGACUUAUCGCCCCGCUGGAACAAUUGGUUGCAGAGGCUCUCACCUGUUCUUCUUACCUUCCCACAGCUGGUCUGAAACUUGGGGCGAAAAGGGCUACAUGCGACUCGCCAAAGGCUGCCACAAUCAAUGCGGCGUAGCGAGUGACGCCAGCUACCCCACUCUGUGA